AAGGCAGCCAGCAACCAAUACGGUUCGCCGGAGGAGGAUUUCUGCCAGUGAUUUCAGACGAGGUACGAUACGCAAAGGGGAUUUACUACGCCAAUCUGAGCCGGGGAAGCUUUCGGCAAUAGGUGACAGGGUAAGAAACGAAUAGGAUAAUAACUGCGAUGUGUCUUUGAGCAGAGCGCUUUCUGCUAACAUCUGGCUCAGGGAUACUUGCCUCCAGUCGAUGGUUUUUAUCUGAACUGGAACCAAUAAGCCGAGUGUGUCUAUUGUACUGUAGUCUAAAUGUGACCUCGUUUUGUCUCAUUCAUCGAGCGACAGCAGUUCCCAAUUCUUUAUGUUUAUCAGUUUCGCACAGUACCGACCUGUGACAUCGGUGGCUGGAGAGACACCUUUGUGUGAUUACGCCGGUCUCCUCUUUCCACAUCCGCCUGCCUGACCUGAAGAAGUGCUGUGUGCCAUGUCUCUGCCACGCACACUUGGGGAGUUGCAGCUCUAUCGGGUGCUGCAGAGGGCCAACCUGCUGGCCUAUUAUGAAACCUUCAUUCAGCAGGGCGGUGACGACGUGCAGCAGCUCUGUGAGGCAGCAGAGGAGGAGUUUCUGGAGAUCAUGGCACUAGUUGGCAUGGCCACCAAGCCACUGCAUGUGCGUAGGCUGCAAAAGGCCCUCCGAGACUGGGCGGCGAACCCUGCCCUUUUCAGCCAGCCCGUUUCAAACGUUCCACUCGGGGGCAUCCCGCUGUUCAAAGUUGAGGGGACGGGCACAAGUGGAUCAGCAGGCGGGCCCAGGAAGUCUGUCACCAAUGGGCAGCCGGGGUCACCGUGUGAAAGGGAGGAUCGGGCGUGUCUUACUCCGCUGCACAGUGGGAGUCCAAGAAGCCCCUGCUCCCAGGCCUCACCGCAGCCACCAGACUCACACUACAGGGAAAAACUGUCACCCAUGGACCCACACUGGCUCAGUCCGGAGCAGGAUGGGAACUGCACUUUGGCUUCUGCAUCUGUAAUAGAGGAGGAGCCGCCCAGUCCACCUCUGCUGUCAACAUGUCCUCCUGGUCCCUCCACAUCUCCGAGCCCUUCUGCUUCUUUUACCCCCACAGCCCUGUCAGCCUGGCCUGGAGGGCAGCUGGACGAGGAGACAGCGAGGGCGGUGGUAGAGAGCGUGGAGAGGCACCUCAGGACCCUGCCCAGGUCAGAUCCUGCGGAGGUGAAGACUCUGCUGAGAAUGAACAAAAAGAUUGCAAAGACUGUGGGGCACAUCUUCAAAAUGGGCUCCCAGGAUGUGAACAAGGAAGAGGAGAUCCGAAAGUACAGUCUCAUUUAUGGACGCUUUGACUCAAAGAGGAGAGAAGGCAAGCAGCUCACACAUCAUGAGCUGAUCAUCAAUGAAGCUGCAGCCCAGUUCUGUAUGCGCGACAAUGCCCUUUUGCUGAGACGGGUGGAGCUCUUUUCUUUGGCUCGGCAGGUGGCAAGGAAAUGUGCCUACACCUCAACACUAAAGCAUGCAAGGACAAAUGCAGAUGAGAACAGUGUUGUGUCCCAGAAGAGAGCGAGACAUGAGGUAAUUGUGCCUGAGAGUGUGUCAUCACUUCUUGGAGUGGAGGGCUCAGAAGGCCUAACCCAGAGGGCAGACGACGACAAUUUAUCUGCAGAGAGCCUCGAAAGUGUAUCACAUGACAUUGGCUCACAGUGCAACCAGUCUCCCUCCCCCCGUCCCCACACUGACACGUCCAACCCUGCCAGCUGGAGUCGCCAUCUCAUACAGCAAACGCUAAUGGACGAAGGGCUGCGAUUGGCACGGAUGGUGUCACAUGAUCGAGCUGGCAAGCUCAGCCUAGGAUCAGAGGGAACUCACUCCACAGACCAUGACAGCAAAUCGGAGAGGCGAAGCUCGAUAGCAGCAUGCAGGAGCACUAGCCCUUGCAUCACCAAAGACGACUCCAACCACCGGGGGAAAUGAAAAUGCUCUGAGGUUAACAGGGAACUUGCUGAGCUCAGGCCUGCCACUGAAAUCCUCACAGAGUCUGCUGCGCAGGCUAUUACUGAGCAGGUUUUUUUUCCAUGUGUAAUUCACUGACAUCACGGUCAUCUGUUGGUGAGAAGACUCUUAUUGGCCACAAAAUCAAUGCAGCAGAUGUCAGAAUUUACCAGCCACUGAUAUCAUAAACCUGCAAUGACUUCUAAAUUCAAAAAGUGUUAUGUUUUGACUUUAUAUUCAGUAAAUAUGUAGGGGAGACACUUUUUGGUUUUGUGUUUCAAACAGAUGGACUACUUUAGCUGAUAGUAAAAAAAAUAAAAAAUAAAAAAAAUAAGUGAUUCUAUCAGGAAAAACCUGAUAUUUUUGAAAAAAUUACACUGGUUUCAGAUUAAAUGGGCUCGACACAGCAGGGGGCACUGCAACUUUUAAAAUGGACUCUCUUAACUGGAUCCACCCUGAGUAACAUAGUAGUUACAUAGAGGGAAUGUGUUUUUUUGUAGGUACACUUUUAUCAACAUUUUCACAAAUUAACAAGAUAUUAUGAGUAUGUUAAAAUUCUCUGCGGUUCAUCAACCUCAGGAAAAAAAACGGAUUUUGUUUUUUUUGACAGGUGGCAGUGUGGUGUUCAGAUUAAGUCAGACAUGAAUGAUAUUUCUUGACAUUCAAAGACAGUUUACGUAGAUGGAAUAGGAAAGCAAAGAGCGUUUGUGGCAUAAGUUGAUCAACAUUUCCCAGUGCGUAGUUCAGGUUCAGAGGCCUUUGCUUGCAUCAUCUAAUCACCUGUUAGAUCUGAACAGGCAUGCUCAGGUCUAUGAGAUAUGAAGCCACCAGUCUUCGUCAUUUUCUCCCUCACAUCUUUCUUCAAUAAUAUUUUUUGCACCACAAAUGGCUGUUAUGGUGUUUGUAAGAGAUAAUGCUUCAGGCUUUUGUUUGAGGCAUUUCAUUGUUUUUAAUUAUGUGAAAAUGUACUCAGAACACAUUUUCUAAACUCAGUGGCAAGACAUAAGAAUACAGACGCUUUAUGGAUCUCCA